AUGGAGAAAACGCUGGAAGCAUUUAAGACAAGUAUUACGCCGGCGCGAGCGAUUGUACUCUUUACGCAGCGGAAAAAUCCAAACCGAAUCUGUCCAGAACAUUCUAUGUAUCUGACGGCCAUUUUAGAAGUUUGUAAAAAUAAUGGAAAUUAUUUGGUUUUGGGUAAUAUUGUGCAGUACGCCGCCUCUAAGGAAAUGCAGACAAUUUUACUUGCUAAAGAAAACCACACAAGAACUGAUUAUUUGGUGCAGGGAGAGCAGUUCGCUCAUUUUGCUAAAGCGUAUAAGUUGCAUAAUGGAAGAAAAACUCUUCGAAGAAAACGAGCUUUUAAGAGCAUUGUCAGGUUUGUAUCGGAUCGACAACGAAAGGAAAUGCGGCGAUGCCACUCAUGUCACGAGGUCGGUCAUUCGGGAGCGUGUUUAUAA